UCGUCAAGAUUUUGUUUCUCUCUUAAGGAGUUGAAUUCCCACCGAACUUUACUUUUCGUUGAAAUAGAAAUAAACAACUGUACGUUUGACUCUCUACAUCAACACACAGAAACACGGACGCUCUCCAUUGUCGACAGUACGCCAGGUGUUUGUAAUGUUUCGGCUAGUUUGUACCAGUUCUUUUUUGUUAAUACUAUUUUGUUUUAUAUAUUGUUUCGUAUUUUCUAUCACUAGAUAUAGACCGGAAACUAACAAGCCAGGUAAUAUCUGCCAUUACAACAUUAAAACCAAAAAUGUUUUACAAAUAAAUAUCACGGAGUAUUGUUGCAAAUAUAGGAUAUAACUAAAAUAUAUUAUUCCAGAAAAAAAGUAUUUGAAUGUAAAUCAGUCUAGUUGUUGUGCAAUUCCAGCGAACCCCUCGUCGAAUAUGAUUGUAAGUUAUUGAUCAAGUCUAUGAUGGGUAUGUAAUUACAAGGGAAGUCUGAAACAUAAAACUGAAUUAAUUAUCCUAUUCCUAAAGGUUUCCCAAACGCCAACAAAUAGACAUAUUGACUGAGCCCCAUGAAUACAACAAGAAGCGCUAUAGGACACGGAAGGCUUAAACGAUUUUUAAGCCUGAUAAAUUGGAGAGUUUUAUGAGGUGAACAUCUCGCAAGGUAAGGACGCACCUGUAGGAGAGAACGAGGAGUCGACACUUUAUAGCAGUUUUGUUCGUAUGAUGGCUUCAGCCAUUCAUGUGCUGCCUUCGACCGUAAAACCUGAAAGGUAAGGACGGGGAGGGUCGCUCGCAAUAUACUCAUCACCAUACGGGGCUCCACGAGGGAAACAAUUAAAUUGAUGUAUGGAAUGAUAUGUUCUAUGAAUAAGAACCUUACAAUAUUACUGAGUGCCCUUAAUGGCAAUAAGUUUUGUUCACGAUGUCUCCGUAGGUAAUCGAAUUUGUGACUGAUCAUUCCUUUAACUUUACUUCUCCCAUUAAGGAACAUUUAUACAUGUAUGCCCAUAUCGAACCUAAUUCAUUUUAUUUACAUCCUGACUGUUCUAGAUCGGACUGGCCCCUGGAGGCCCCUUUCUGGCUGUUGAGUUGGGGAGGGAUGUGACGGUCAUUAAUGAAGAGCGCGUCAGAGCAGUGAUAGGGAUUAAGUCGCGGCACACCAAAUGAAUAUCACAGUCGACAAACGGGUGCUCAUGAGCGUAGCACUUAACACCGUCUCAACCAGGUAAAUAUCCGCAUUUAUUGUACUCCCAUCGAGAUUCUAUAACGGAUAUACAUUCAGCAACAUGGCGUCGUGUACAGCUUGUAUGGAUAUACCAUCCGUUCCGUUGUAAGAAUAUGAGAAAAUGUUUGUGACAGGAUUUUUAUUGAUGAGACAAUGUGGUGUUAUAUGAAUUCCGACAGGACUUGUAUAUGACUGGAGGUGCUGAGAUCACUGUGUCACCAGCCGUAAGUAGACUAGCAUAUUGUACUUCAGAAACAAACUGAACUUGGACGACACCGGAACUCAACCUGCCAUCUUGGAUACAUAUAGUGGUGUGUUACAUUAAGACAAGUUCGUGUGUUAUAUCUUGGUAUAAUAUCAAAAUGACUAGUAUGGUGUCGCUGCCAUUCUUACCGGAAGUAGGGGAGCCUCGGGUCAACUCACGACCUCACGAUUCCGAGACAUCCAACUUACUAAGUUUCGUGGACAUGGCUUCUAGUAAUAUCAAACUAGCUCUGGACAAGCCCUCCCGCUCCAAACGAAAAGUUAACCAUAGGAAAUAUUUACAAAAGCAAUUAAAGCGGUGCGGGAACUCCUCCACGGGUUAUUCGGACGGCAGACCGGUAGACCUGCCGGGGCAAUUGUGUAAUGGAGGCCAAACAAAAUGCUCGCGGAAGGAAACGACUCAAAUAGGAUUACAAAUUAAGUCCCUUCAGGCCUUAUUUGACCCGAAAACAUUACACGCGAAAUGUUGUACAGACCAGACAACGAAAACCACGACAGCUACUAAAGUUCCACUGCGAAAACGUAACUUGCCUCCAUCGUUUUUUAUUGAACCUGCAUCUAGUCUAGAAGGAAUGGAUCCCGACCAAGUGUUACAAUCUGCUGGAAAUACACAUACAGACCUAGAGUUAUGCUCAGAUGUGACAAAUCAUGAACUUCCGACGGACACGCUGGAUUCAAUUCUCGGACAAACCGAGUUACAGGAACUUCUUGCUGGACCCUGGACAGACAGUAUUCGGGACAAUUUCGCCAUGCCGCGAUGUGACCAGUCUCUCGAUACGUGUAGUCCUCGUUCAUUCUCAGACAGUUCUGAUGGUAUGUCUAGUAGUGCCUCCAUAUCACCAGGCAUUUCAGAUCAGAAUUCCGACUGGAUUGCCUCCUUCUUUUCACAACAAUCUGAAAGCAACUUUCAAACCCCACCAGUGUUUGCGGACGGAUUUACAUCUACCCAAAGUCCUCAAGUUCCUAUCGCCGAUCAAAGGAUAGGGGGUGUUACGGACGGCCAAUCUUUGGAGGAUAAACUCUUCCUCGAACAGACAUUCCCAGGGCAGACUUUUCCCGGUAUCAAUGAAACUCCGUGUGAUACAACUCCUCUUCCGACAUUUCCACAAGCGUUUUGUAGUAGUGCCUCGCUCCAGAACUUCCAGAAUGUCUACCCAUGGGCAGAUCCACAGCCCUGCUAUACCUAUUUAUGACCCGACAUAACUGUAUCAUUAUUAAUGUGAUAUAUAGGUCAUAUUAGAGCAGAAGUAUAUUCUAUUGUUAUGUUUCAUUAUAAUAUUUGAUUAUAGUAUACCUUGAUAUUGUCAAAGAGUUUGAUGUGCCAGCAAUGAUUACACUGGCUUUGGUUGUCGUUGAUGUAAACAUUGAUGUACCAGCAGUGAUGACGUAGGUCUUGGUUGUCGUUGAUGUAAACAUUGAUGUACCAGCAGUGAUGACGUAGGUCUUGGUUGUCGUUGAUGUAAACAUUAAUGUAUCAGCAGUGAUGACGUAGGUCUUGGUCGUCGUUGAUGUAAACAUUGUAGUACCAGCAGUUAUGACGUAGAACAUUUUGUCGUUGGUGUAAAAAUUAUCAUUUAUCCAAAACAACACUUUCCAUUUUGACGUUGCUGUACUGUCAACGUUUUCAGAACACAUAUUCUUCCAUUAGUCACAUGGAACUCCUGAAUGAGUUUCGGCUCAGAAAUUCUAAAUAGCAAUCACGAUAUUUAAAUCUUUUCUUUUAACAUCAUCUCUUUUAAAAUGUCGAAUUUGCUGUAUGUGUUCCAUUUAACCCAGACUUUGCUGCUCGUGGAUUGUAAAAAAAACAAAACAAAAAUAACAUUAGCCCAAAUAAUUACUAUGGAACGAUAUGUAUAGGCCUAAUGUUGCGCUGACUUUCUAAGACUGGUCAGUGAUAAUGGGAGUCAUAAAUGUGGAAAUAUAUAUAGUAAUUCCGUCAGAACAAUCAAAAUAGGCUUAAACUCAUAUCAAAAUAUCGUUGAGGCGUAUAAACCAUUUUAAUCAUAUUUAUCAAUUCGAUAUAUUGGACGGAAUCACUGUAUGUCCGAGUAUUUCAUCCUAACCAGAACUAGAGUUCAGAACGCGUGACAUGCAUCUUAACAUCAUCAACUGUCCAGGAACUGUAUAAAUGGCAUACAGGUAAUAUGAUUUUAAUAGCAGAUAUAAUCUGUACCGCAAAUUAAUCUAAAACGACAUCACACUACUGGUCAGUCCUCUCUGAACUCCUCAUCGAGUAGUUUUAACCAGUACAUGGACUUUUCUGCACCCUGUCGUAAGUACUAAUUACUCUAAGAACAGAGAGGGGCUAUACCAUUUAGGAUACAUCACUGUUGCUGCUGUACAUGGCGACUGUUGUUACUGUUGUUAAUUAGUGUUUUGUCUAGAUGUUUAAUGUAAAACAUUCCUCGUAUAACUGGUAAUAUCUAUUCACAAUAACACAGAUGUAAUGUUAUUUCGGAGUAUACAAUGUUCCCCUCACCCUGACGCCCUAUCUUACAGGUUUUCUAUAGAUAGACCAAGUCACGGGGACCACAUACAUUUUAUACUCCUCAAUAUUGACAUAUUUUUACCAUGUUUAGGAUACCCUAACAUAUUCCAGUAGUAUAUUGUAUAUAUCGCCCCUCCUUAUAGACGUACCAUUGUAUCUAUCUUAUAAGUAUGUACAUUAUUCUGUAUGAACGUUACACAAAAUUUAAAGUU